AUGUAUCCUAACAAGAUAUUCUCCGUCAUCAGCAGGUGUACCCCAUACAUCUAUUCGCUGGAUGAUGAGCCGGAAGAAGGCUUCCUCAUUCCAUACACAAAUAGGGGCCACGAAGCAGGUGCUUAUCUUUCCUACCUCACGCAAUACUAUGACAGUCUCCAUGAGUACACCAUAUUUAUUCACGGCCGCGAAGAACAUUGGCAUAACGAUGUUGCCGGGCCCAAGACCUUGAAUCAGCUCCCUAUUUUACGCAUGCAAGCGGUCCAACACUUCGGCUACGUGAAUCUACGCCGUUUACGCCGACCCGGGUGCCCGAGCAGUCUCCGCCAGGACAUUAUUCAGCAAUCCGAUGUUGAGAAUCAGAAUCUGGUCGAUAAUUUUGAUCUAAUUUGGACUGAAAUUAUGGGGACUAGGUCUGGCCCUCCUCCCGACAAUAUCGGGCAUAUGUGCUGUGGGCAGUUUGCUGUCGCGAAGGAAAUAAUUCUCAACAGGCCCAUUAGUGAUUAUGAGCGAUUUAUAGAUUGGGUUGCUAAAACUCAAUGGUCGGAUAAUUAUGGGAUAGGCUGGAUGAUGGAGAAGCUAUGGCAUAUCAUUUUUCAGAUGCCUGCUAAUCACUGUUCUGACGAGUUGCAAUGCCGCUGCGACCUUUAUGGGUGGUGUGGCCCGAACCCUCUUACUGGGGGUGUUGUCUUGAAACCUGUCGGCUCAUAG